CGCUACGGGUUCUGAACUCAAUCGUCACUCAACCCUUACGGAGCAGUAAAGGCCAAACGGGAAGGCCGCUCCGUAGGGCGCUCCAAUGUUCGCGAGCGGUGUAGUAAAAGCUGAUGAUUCGGGAUGCUACGAUUGAUUCGGAUCAGCAAAUAGAGAUUAAUUUCUAAUAAGCUGUUUGUCGUUAAUGUUCUUGGAAUGCUAUUGUUUGGGUACGCGUUACUCGCGGCGCUUCUUCGCUACAGCACAGGGCAGGGUCAGUUGACGCUGUCGCCACCGAUUAAUCCAUCUCGUCGUCGUCGAGAGCAGAAUCCUCCAGCUGAUAAGGUUUCCAGAAGGCACAACACCGCCCGAUAUGUGCUGCAUUCCAUCGCUAUUCCAACCAGUCUCGCUGUGCAUUUCUUUGAGGUCGGUUCGUUGGUCCGUGUUUCCUAUCCAGUGAUGGUUCCCCGGAUUUCGUUGCUGCUGCGGCAGGCAGCCAUUCUGCUAGCCCUUUCCGGGUGCAUUUGCCGGGCGCAGUCAAAGAACUACAAGUGCUCCAUCAUAAACGAGGCCGGAUUUUGCUUCAUCGAGAACGUGUACCUCGACGUUACGACCAACGGUAUCGGGGCCGACUCGAGUGCGAGCAUGCGGGUGCAGUUUCCACGCCACCCUACGCUACUCAUCAAAUCCGGUGCGAUACCAUACUUCGGGAAGGAUAUCUUUGCGCUGCUGGGCAGCACACGUCAGCUGCACGUGUACAACAGUACCAGCAUUAGGCACCUGUUCAUCCCCGUCACAAACCUGACCGAGAUCAACGUCCAGCGGAACGGGCUCGCCGAGUUUGACGUGGAACCGGUGGAAAACCGUGAGCUGAAGAUGCUGUCCAUCGUGCACAAUGGGCUGAUCAGUGUGCCACGCAAUAUCCGCUAUUUGGUCGGGCUGGAAAAGCUUUACCUCUACAACAACUCGCUCGAAUACUUUGACCUGGAAAUGUUGGCCAAUGCAACGAGUUCGCUGAAAAUUCUCUCGAUCUAUGAUAAUCACAUUAAAACGCUCGAUUCUCGGACAGGGCUGCACUUCCCGAAGCUGCAAACCCUAUCGCUCAGCAAAAACAAGCUCGCGUUUGUGCCUUACUUUGAGGAAUCGUUUCCCGCCCUUACGGUGGUGUCACUGCGCAAGAAUCCUUGGAACUGUGGAUGGUUGCGCACGAUCAUGCAGUACAUUGAGACGUGGAAGAUUCAAGUCGUACGGAAGGAUGCGACCUGUCGUGACCAGUGGAUCAGUGAGAUUUGCUGCACGUACACGUUGCUGGACUUUAUCUUCGAUCGGCAAGCCGCACAGCUGCACCGACAGCAGCAACUGUUGCGGAAUGUGUCGCACGAGAACCAGCAGCUAGCGGACACGGUACACCAGCUAGCGGAUGACUUGCAUAGGUUGCAGUUGCAGCUAGAUCAACAGCAACCGCCUGCCACCAGCAAGAGUACUUCCGAUGCGAAGUCCAGUGAUGAUAGUGUGUAGCAGCUAUGGUGCGAUGUGUCAAGUGUAUUACGAUAGCAAUAAAGGGGUGUAUGUACAGAU